CCUCAACCUUGACUUUAACCGCACAUUCUAUAACAAGUCUGCACAGAGCUAUAGACCAAAUGCUUUGCAAAAAAUGGUCGUGAAGUUAAACGGUUAACACACAUAACCAUGGCUCCGGUUGUUUAUGCUAAAGACACGCCUCCAGUGCUUGUUUUCGCCUUUGUGAUUGGUUCAGACUAGAAGUAAACGUGGUUGAUUGGAAGAUGUAUACUUGUCCCGAAGAGGACAUAGGAACGGGCAAUAAGGCACAGAGAUAUUAAGCAGCGAUAACAGACUGUGCAAUUGAAAGGGUUAAUAUUGUACAUCAAAGGGAAUGGAGCUUUAACUGAGUGUGCUAAUUAGAGUGAUGUGCAUAUCUGUAUCCCAGCAUCAGUGAUCAGCAAAAGGACUCAAGACUUGCCCAAAAUGCGUCUCCUAUGGGCCCUGAUGCGUGGUGCCCCUCUCACAAGCACCCCGAACCUGGUGGAUUUUUAUUCGAAGUUUUCCCCGUCCCCCCUGUCUAUGAAACAAUUCCUAGAUUUUGGUUCAGUAAAUGCCUGUGAAAAAACUUCAUUUUUAUUUCUUCGCCAGGAAUUACCUGUGCGGUUAGCAAACAUAAUGAAGGAAAUUAAUUUGCUUCCAGAUAACCUGUUAAAGAUGCCUUCAAUUAAGCUUGUUCAGAGCUGGUAUGUACAGAGCUUCCAGGAAAUCGUUGAUUUUAAAGAUAAGAAUGCAGAGGACUCAGACACUACCAGGACAUUUACAGAUACGGUAAUAACCAUCAGGAAUCGGCAUAAUGAUGUUAUCCCAACAAUGGCUCAGGGAGUUGUUGAAUAUAAAGACAGCUUUGGUAUAGAUCCAGUAACUUCUCAAAAUGUGCAGUAUUUCUUAGAUCGCUUCUUUAUGAGCCGUAUUUCAAUUAGGAUGCUGCUGAAUCAGCACACCCUGCUAUUUGGUGGGAAAGUAAAAGUAAACCCAGCGCACCCCAAGCACAUCGGAAGUAUUGAUCCUGCCUGUAACGUUGUAGAAGUAGUUAAAGAUGGUUAUGAAAAUGCAAAACAAUUAUGUGACUUGUAUUACAUGAGCUCGCCCGAAUUGGAGCUUACAGAAUAUAAUGCAAAAUCUCCAGGACAGCCCAUCCAGGUGGUGUAUGUGCCUUCCCAUCUAUACCACAUGGUGUUCGAGCUUUUUAAGAAUGCAAUGAGAGCGACAAUGGAAUUCCAUGCAGACAAAGCAAUUUACCCUCCUGUAAAAGUACAUGUCGUUUUAGGCAGUGAGGAUUUAACAGUAAAGCUAAGUGAUCGAGGUGGUGGGGUACCCCUAAGGAAAAUCGAUAGAUUAUUUAAUUACACAUAUUCUACAGCACCUCUCCCACGUGUUGAGACUUCUCGUGCAACACCACUGGCUGGGUUUGGCUACGGCUUACCCAUAUCCCGUCUAUAUGCCCAGUACUUUCAAGGAGAUUUGAAACUCUACUCCUUGGAGGGAUAUGGCACAGAUGCUGCAAUAUAUAUCAAGGCAUUAUCUACAGAGUCAAUAGAGAGGCUUCCAGUCUACAAUAAGUCUGCCUGGAAACAUUAUAAAACAAAUCAUGAAGCAGAUGACUGGUGUGUGCCAAGCAGCGAGCCAAAGGACAUGACCACAUUUCGGAGCAGUUGAAGUUAGAGUGUCUGAAGACCAGUAUUUUGGGUUAUCAUUGAUUUGUGAUUAUAUAACUUUUUUCUGCACAAAGGCAGCAGUAGCAUAUCAUUGUUGUUUGCAAUUGCAGGAACCAAAUUAUUUAAUCAGUUUUAAUAUUUGUGCUUUAUGCUACAUGACUGCCUAGUUUAUUUUACAUUAGAAUUAAGAUUAAAGGGGCACUAUCAUGUAGGACUUAUAAAAAAAAAUGUCAUGAAGUGUUUUGGUUUAAUUCAAAAUUAUUUUAUUUAGUAUAUUUUAGUGCAUUUAUCAUCUCAGAAAAACAAUAUGAGAUGACAAAUGAACAUCUAGAUUUAGCAACGAUAAGUAUGUAUAAGUAUCUUUUUAUGGUGCAUGAUCAAACAUAAAAGCCGGUUAGAAUUUUUUUUUUUUCUUUAGGAGCUAAAUUACAAUUUUUCUUAAAAAAAAAUGCUACCUGGGGUAAAUUUCUAAGAGGCAUAAUUACCGGGUUUGUCAGUCUCUGCCUUAUCAUAUUUAAUCUACAGUUACUGCCAGCAAGUUAAAGCAGGGAUGCCCCUUUUUAAUAAUUUCAUCUUCUUCAUCUUUGAAAUGCAGCCACAAUAGCAUGAAUAAUGCUUUCCUGUGUCAGUAAAUUAUCAGUUUGAUAGUAAACAGAAAUGGAUACUUUGGUCAGAUGGAAUUACCCUUUGCCUUUUUUUAUAUUAAUUUAAUUUUAUGCCUUUUUAAAUUUUUAUUAUUUAGAUUUUUAUUGUAAGAUGCUAAACUUUAUUUUCAAUAACUUGAAAGAAAUCAAUACCUUUUUUGAUGGUUAAUUUAUAGUGCCAUGGUCCAUGAUGUGCCUUUUUAGUAGUUCUUCUUUAGUCGCUUUAUAACAUGCAACAUUAUAUUACGGUAUAUGUUUUAGAGUGUUUCAUUUAGCAAUCAAAUAGGACUUUUUUUUUGCUUAUGAUGAAGAAACAUGAGUGCACCAAAUGGUUUUGCAUAUAGAUCAUUAAUUCCUUUGGACUGACUAGUGGUUUGCAACAUCAAGUUGAUUAAGUUCAUGGGAACUAAUCAGUAAUGAUUUGUUAGGCUUAGCUUAGUGCACUAUUGAUCACUACCGAUUGAGACUCAGAUCCAUAGAAUGCUUUCAGUGGUAGACACUGAGUCCUGUGUUCAACAACAUGAAUGGCGUCCUCAAUUAAAUUCUACCUUCGAAUUGAUACAUGUAAUACAAUGUCUAGGUUGAGAAUGAUGUGAAAUAUAGCUAUUCACAUUAUGUUCUUUUUUAUUAAUUACCUUUUUUUUAGCCUGACAUAUCUGUAACUCCAUAUUUUUUUUGGAAUUACAGUAACAUAAGCUGCCCCUUUAUGACAGUUACAUCAUAUAAAGAUAGUUAUCAAGUUAGCAUAGCUGCCCACUUUAACACUGCCAGACAUAUGUCCACUGCUUCAUGAUGGGACAGACUGUAGAACCUUCAGAUGCCCUGAAAAAGGGAGAACGUUGCUUAUUCUUUUGUUGGAAAUUGCUUUACAGAAAGUUUUUAUUUAUAAUUUAUGUAAUGAGAUUUAUGCUAUUGGUAUUUUAGUUACCUAGGACACAAUCUUUUCUCUUGGAAGAAGUUGCAGAUGUGCCGCAGAUAAAAUAACAUUUAUAUCACUCCUUUGUGAAAGAUUGCACAGCUUGUACAUGAUGAUAAAGAAAAGAAACACAAGUUCUGAUUUGUUUAAAUCUGUAAAAAUAUAUCCUUCUUUUAUGCUAGUGAAUAUUUAUUAUGUUUAAAAAGACAAAAUACUACAAUCCUGGUUUAAAAAGACAUCCACAUAAAGCAACUUUGUUAGAGCUUUAUUAUUUCUUGAUAUAUAUAUAUAUAUAUAUAUAUAUAUAUAUAUAUAUAAAGAAUAAAACAAAACAAAUAUUUAUUAAAAGGGAAAAAGAGGUUUAGAAGCUUAGAAAAGAGUGAGCAAUUUGCUCCAACCCUACCGUACGCAACCUCAGUGGGAUGGCUGAACUACUUGAUUUUCUUCUACGCUCAUACACUGGCCUCUAUUUAUCAAGGUCUGUCGGACCUGAUUUGACAGUGCGGAUCAGGUCCGCCAGACCUCGCUGAAUACGGAGAGCAAUACGCUCUCCGUAUUCAGCAUUGCACCCUGCAGACUCGCGGCCAAUGGGCCGCCAGCAGGGGGGUGUCAAUCAACCCGAUCAUACUCGAUUGGGUUGAUUUCCGGCGAUGUCUGUCCGCCGGCUCAGAGCAGACGGACAGGUUAUGGAGCAGCGGCCUUUGUGACCGCUGCUUCAUAACGGCUGGCUCGCCAGAAACACGGGGCAUCAAGCUCCAUUCGGAGCUUGAUAGAUAUGCCCCACUGUCUGUUAAUAGAUUGAUCACUUGUCCCUCUCUUAGGGUCUGAUUCUCUAACGCUUUCUACUCCUGCAAGAUUAUCUUAACAGAUCUGUUAGUGCGUCUCAGAAUUCUAUAUCUAGCACAUGCUACUAUGAGAAAUGUGUAUCUCACUAAGGGGUGUACCCUACAAUUUUCUAUUUCAGGUAGAGACAAAUACAAUAUAGUGAUAAAUAACUUAAAGUGAAGGUCAAUUUUUGCUCUUAUCAAUACACCAUGUUAAAAUGUAUGUAAUAAAUAUUGAAGUUGCUAAGUUUAUGUCUAAAUAACGAAUCCAUUUCAAAUAAAAUGUAUUUAUAAUAUACCUCCGUUACCGCGAUUAGCUCCGCCCCAACCACACUUCCUUAUUCAUAUGUUAUGACGUUGCUUUUUUUCUUACAAGCGGACUACGCUCGUGCACCCGUGUUUAGUUUGAACUGCGCAUGCGUAUCGUCAACCCAAUAGCGCAUGCGUUUCGUCAACCCACGUAACUUUGUAUUCAAUUUAUUAACAAAAGUGUAACAUUCAUUGCUACGCAAGUCUAUCAGUCACUAAGUCGCAAGAUUGGUCUUGACCCUCUAAUAGUUUAUUUUAAUUUAGCCCUAUUCGUUUUGUAAAGGCGCAGCAUAUUGAUUCAUACCUGUUGAUAUAGCUGCUAGCUAGUUUUCGAGGAUACGAGUGAGCGUUGAUGUUGAUUCAAAGUAUCAACAAUUGUGAGAGCGGACAACGCAUGCGCGAAACAUGAACGUGCAUGCCGAUGAUGACGCACAGUUUGUUUAAACGCAUGCGCAUAAGGUGGCAAUGACGAAACCAAAAAGGGGCUGGACGCCACGGGGGUAAACACUAGAUUCGAGAGAAAAAAUGUCACUCAAUAUCGGCAGUAUGGCGGAUUAUACAGGUGAAAUGGAGCAGAUUGAAAACGAUAAAAAUAAAACUUUUAAUUGUAUUUAUAUAUAAUUUGAUGAAUGAACAUCAUACUGAAUUUAGGUAACAUAUUGAAAAAUUAUAACCAAAACGCCAGACUUGACCUUCACUUUAAGCAGUUUUUAAAAUCUUACUACUACCUGAAAUUUCAGAGAAGAACUUGCCCAAAAUACCAUAGAAUGUUUAGCAUUUUUGUUGUCACUCAAUUUAAACAACUAGAGCCUUGUUGUUGUUUUUUUACUUACUUAUCAAAAAUAUAUAUAUAUAAGUAGACACCCAAGAUAUUGAUCUAGACCCAUUUGGUAUAUUUCAUGCCACUAUUGCGUGCCAAAUGUGAUCAUAUAUAUAAAACUCAUUAACUUUUUCACAAACUUUGGGUUUCUCACUAACAUUAUUUACAUAUUGUUUGUGCAGUCAUAAGACAAAUGGUUGUAAAUGCUUCUCUGAGAUCCCCUUUGUUCAGAAUUAGCAGACAUGCAUGGCUUUUCCAUUGCUUUUUGGUAAUUAACAGGACGCUAAUCGUAGCUGUGCAGCACACUUCUAUCAUUCGCGGCAGUGAAGGGGUAAUCAGUUAGCUUGUAAGGUUAAUAUUUGCUCUAGUGUAUGGAUUACCCUCCCAUCCCCAAUCCCUAUCUGAUCCCUCUAAAACAACUCCCCCCACACACACACACACUCCUCACCACCAUCUUAGGUACAUGCAGACCAUAAUCUGCCAGUAAGCAGUUUACAGCUUUUUUUUCCUGCUUGAUCCCUCCCACCUCCCUUGCCCUUCCCAAACACUUCUCUAACUCUCCCAGUACCAAGUUUAUAUAUAUUUUUUAAGUUAUUUUUUAUUUAUUUAUUUAUUUUUUGUAGUGUAGGGUCCCCCCUCACCCUCCCCACGAUCGUUAUGUUGGGACCCCUCCAUUUCCCCCUUUUUCUGUACUGUAGCGGCCCAUCCCUUCCUCUCCCUUCAAAACAAAUUUGCCAUAGUGUAGGGUCCUACCCUCCCUCCCCAUCCACAGCUGGGCUAUCCACCUGCCUCCCCCCUUCCCUCUCACACCUCCCAACAGCACCAACAGAUGAUGGUUGCAGACAGUGCCACUGUCUGUAACGAUCUUGUAAUAUGGCUUCAUAUGGUAACGGAGCACUGAUCAUGCUCCGUUAUCAUAUGAAGGCAGAUGCUGGAAGCCCACAAACAACCGAGAAUACUUGGGCUUCCAACAUUAUGGACAUAGAUCUAUGUUAUGCAGUAUGAUCAGCUAUGAUCAGCUAUAUAUUGCAUGACAUAAUUCUACGUCUAGUUGGGUAAAGAGUUAAAUAUGAUUUUUACUGUUAGCACAGGUGGUAGGUGGGGUUACACAGUGCCCCUCCUCCAAAGCUCUAUCUUACGCCCUUUCCUUGACCCCAUUGCAUAUAUUUUUCAUAACUGCGCAGUGAUUUUAUCCUGUGACUGCCAGUAUCAUAGAAAUGUUUAACCCAGACACAUCAGUAAUUUGACCCUCUAAUGACACACACAGAGCAGAAAUGUCCAGUGUCUACAUAUAACACACACAGAGCAGUGUUUUAUGGCUGUCAGUAACACAUAAUACAGUGAUGUUUUGUAUCCUACUUGCCUGCCGGUAACACAGAAUAGUGCAUGCACACUGUCACUUUUUUCAGGGCUAUGUUUGUAAUGCAGUCAUGUAAUGUCAUUAAAAUAUAGCUGCCACUCAGGGAACUUUAAACUGCACAAUUAAAUGUACAGUACUUUUGCAUAGGUGUUAUCAUACAACUUAAAAUGCUUGGCUGUACUGUUGAAUGCUGGACAGCUUGUAACCUUAGUGGCAUCUUCAAAAUUCAGAUAAUAGAGGAAAUUUUGGCAUCUAUCUACUAUCUGGAUGUCAAAAUCACUUUGUGCUUGCCACAUACUUUUCAGUAUUCUGAGUUUAUCACAACCUAGUUACUUUCUUUAUGAACGAAUCUUAUGAGAACAGUGGAUUUGAUUCUGUUUCUUUAAAGGGGUCUAAACUCCUAUGCAUUUUAUCUGGUUUUAAAAGGUAAAGCAUAAAAAACAUUGUGUACCUCUUGGAAAACUAACAUUUUCUGGUAAAACUAUUUUAUGAUUUGCAGUACCAGUUUGUGUGCUAUUCUUACUGGAGGGCCGUGAUAGCACACCCUGCAUUAUCAAUAGCGCUCCACUUGUCAUUUAGGCCAUAGUGUCAUAGGAGAAUUUGUUUAAAAAAAAAAAGUGUUCUUAUAUAAUACGCCAGUUUAUUUCUUGAUAUGAAUAACCCUAAGUAUUCAGUUUUCCUCGACAUAGUGUCUCUUUAACUGCUUUUCUAUGUUGUAUUAUUCUCCAUGUUAUUCUAGUAUUGUUAUCAACCUAAAUAAUUGUGGUAGAUUUACUAAAUAAAAGGUUAUUUGUCUCACAGUGAAUCAAA